AUGCUGUCCCAGCCUAAACCCUACGACAACGUCGAGACCGCUAAUCUCUUUACGGUAAAAUUCAACAACCUCUUCGACAGAGACUCAAAAGAACUCGAUACUCUUUUGAAAGCAUGUGAAAGAGAUGGCUUCUUCUAUCUCGAUCUUCAGGACUCGUGCUCCGCUAAGCUGUGGAGAGACUUGGAUAGGGUGAGCGAGAUCGCUAAGCGUUGGUUCUCGCAACCUGUUGAGGAUAAGCUGAAAACCCCAACAGUAUCGUUGGCACAUGGGUUGCUUCAUCCCGCUAGACAGUUUGCUACGUCAACUGAUGCUUGGCCAAUUAGGUUUAAAGCUACUGGUAAUCAGUCCGGGGCUGUAAAGUCACUCAAAGACGGCUUCGAAGCGUUAAAGAUUGGAAGAAGUGAACUCCUCGGCCGCUGGGCUCUCCCAUCAGUCGUCGAAGAAAACCUCCAACUAUUCGACCAAUUCAACGCAUCAUGCCACUUUAUUCUAAAACUACUUCUGGACUGCCUAUCAGACGGUCUAAACCUCCGAGGCGCAUCCCGCCUCGACACCCACCACCGCGAUGACGCACGCUCCAAAAGCACCCUCUACUUCCUACACUACCCCCCCGGAACUCAGAACCUAGACGAAGUAGGUCAAAACAUGCACACUGACAUCGUCACCCUAACCCUCCUCUUCGCGCCGCAAUGGGGUCUGCAGGUCGUGUCCCCCGUGACGGGAGCGUGGGAGUACGUGCAGCCGCGCGAGGGCCACGCGAUUAUCAACGUUGCCGAUACGUUUAGAUUUCUAUCUAAUAAGCGGUUUCGCUCUGCGCUGCAUCGCGUUCUUCCUAUUGGGGGCGUGCAGAGGGAAGAUCGGUAUGCGGUGUCGUACUUUUUGAGAGCGGCGGAUGAUACCGAGUUUAAGGAUAGUAACGAUGAGGAUUCAAAUGCUAAGAGUUGGUAUCGGACAAAGUAUCAUACGUACGAGCUGCCGCAUGAAGUUCAGGGUGAGCAGACGGUGUUGUCUGGGGGUAUGGCGCAGGAGUUGCAGGCUACAUUCUGA